AUGGCAGAACGCGCGCAAGACGCAGCAUACAAGUCCUUGGACCCUGCCGGGGACGGCUCACUCCUUUUAGCAGCAAAGCUCGCUCAAGUGGCCCACAUGGCGUACGAUGUACCGAAGAAAUACGACGCAGCACAAGUGCUAGAAUUGGGCAGACAACUUCUUUCCGAUGCCGGCAUUGGCUGCCAAGCCCCUCGCUGCACCUCCGGUAUUGUGGAAAUGCUACAGCUGGAGCGCGUAAACCCAAUCCCUUUGCUGCCAUCCCCUGCAGACUUUCCUGGCAGACAAGCUAUAGCUGGCAUGGUUUGGUACCCCUACCAGGAAGUGAAACUGUCAGCAAGAGCGGGAGCUGUACUUAGGCGAUGCCUACUCCAACAGAAGCCGGUCGACGACUUGGAUAUUGUCGCAAAGCGUGUCCUCCUCGAAGCAAUAGGAGGGAUCAUCGCACAUCGGCUGGCACACACAGCCGGCCCCAUGUUGGAGCACGUGAAAGCAGGAAACGCGGAGCCCUUGAUUGCUGCCGCAUCAUGCGAACGACGGCUGAAAGCAAUCACCACCUGGUCGUACCUCCUGGACUGCCAGCUGAGGUACUGA